AUGGCCGCUGGAUUGGUGGUUCAGGCUGCAAGCCUCUUCAGGUACGCUGCUGAGACGGCAUGUGUGAUGGCCACGCGCGCCAAAUUCACUGCCUGUAAGGUUUGCUGGGCAGGAGGCUGUUUCAGUUCUGAUAUAUUGGCGGCCAUCGAGAGGGCCAUCUCAGACAACGUCAAUGUCCUUUCCUUAUCGCUUGGAGGUGGGAUGACGGAUUAUUAUAGAGAUAGUGUGGCGAUCGAAUCUUUCGCUGCAAUGGAGAAAGGGAUUUUAUUUGUUUCAAUUUCUCUGAAGCUGAUAAUUUCAAAUCCCAGAAAGCCCAGUAAGAAGAUAGAGACAUUUCCCUAUAAUAACCCAUAUGGGCAUUACCUACAAGCAACCUUGAGUUCAAGCUUCAAGUUGCUCCUUCUUCCUCCUCCUCCGUCGGAAUCCAUCCCAAACUCUUCUGAGAUUUUGAAUAUUUUUCUAUGGUUUCGUAGAAGGAGAAUGGUUGGUGGGAUUGGGAAUGUCUUGUGUCCGAUAAGGCAGAAGAAAAAAAGUAAAUUACGGCAUGCACCAUCUUCAGUUGUUGCUGUAGCUAUCAAUGGUAGCAAGAAAAGCAAAAGUAUAUUACAGUGGGCACUUAAGAUUGUGCCUGAAGGGAGGAUCAUAUUUAAGCUGAUACAUGUCCAUGCCAGUAUAAAAGGAGUUCCAACACCAAUGGGAAAUUUCAUCCCUAUUUCACAAGUGCGUCCUGAUGUAGCAAAUGCCUUCAAAAAGGAAGUGGAGUGGCAGAAAAGUCAAAUGCUUCUACCCUAUAAAACAAUGUGUGAUCAGAGAAAGGUGCAUGUAGAUAUGGUGAUGAUCGAAUCUGAUGAUGUUGCAGCUGCAAUAGAAGAAGAAAUUGCCAAGGGUGCUGUGACCAAACUUGUUAUUGGGGCAUCAUCUCGUAGCUUAUUUUCUAGCAAGCUUAAGGGUAUUGCUGCAAAAAUAUCAGUUUGUACUCCAAUUUGUACAGUUUAUGCUAUUUCCAAUGGAGAAUUGUCUUCUGUACGGCCGUCAGAUGUACAGAUUGAUGAGAGCUUAGUAGAUGACAGUAGUGGAACCAAUGAUUCCUCCAGUUCAUCAAACUACACUUCCACCUCUCCGACAGCAUAUGCUGUAGCUUAUACACCUAUGUUAUAUUAUGUGGUUGUGGUAGUCAUAGGAAUUCAUGUUGAGUGUUCAUGUAUGUGCUAUGCUAGCAUCCUUGGUUUUGAUUGCUUGCUUACAUUUUCUUUGGAAAUCUUAGUUGUGAAUUGCAUGAUGAAGCAUCGCCUUCUGUUUUACCUUGCGACUCUGCUACAGUUGCUUUCAUAUGGUCCUUUAAAUUCCACUUUAACGGAGCAGCAAUUUCAAGCUCUUUCCUCUCUUAAUCAGACCGUCCUAAGUGCAAAUCCUAGUUUUAUUGAAUCUAACCAUUCUAGAUGCCAGUCCCUAGAUAUUGGAACAGAGGAUAAUAUUACAAGUUUGUCUGCUAGAAAUUCUAGUAUUGGUUAUGGUCUCUGUCGGGCGUCUACUUGCAAAAGCUUUAAAUCAGAAACAGAAUCUUGGCUUCAUGUUGAAAAUUCUACCAUCGACGUGCCACAAGAAACUGAAUCUCCUUCACCUGCUUGGCAGGAAAAUAUUAGUCUUGAGCUGGAAAAGUUAAGGAUUGAACUAAGACAUGCCCAAGGAAUGCAUGCAAUAGCUCAAAGUGAGAACAUUGAUGCAUCACGGAAGCUGAAUGAUUUAAAUAAGAGACGAUCAGGGGAAUUAAUGAGAUUCAACGAGAUUAUUGCCAAAGAAGAGAUGGUAAAAGAAUCGUUAAGGAAAGAGAGAGAGAAGUAUGAAGCUGCAAAAAGAGAAGCUGAUUAUUUGAAAGAAUGCACUGAAAGAGAAGCUGCAGAACGAAGAGAAAUGGAAAUGAAAGCUGUCCGUGCUGCACGAGAGAAAGAGAAACUGGAGUCUGCUCUUACUGGUUCGGCGCCUCAGUACCUUAAGUUUACAUGGGACGAGAUAGUGUCUGCCACCUCAUCCUUCUCUGAAGAUCUGAUAAUCGGUAUGGGAGCAUAUGGUAGAGUGUACAAGUGUAAUUUGCAUCAUACUGUUGUAGCUGUUAAAGUACUCCACUCUAAAGGGAGCCACAACAGCAAGCAAUUCCAACAGGAGCUAGAGAUCUUGUCCAGAAUUCGUCAUCCUAAUCUGCUGCUCCUUCUUGGUGCAUGUCCUGAUAAUGGAUGCCUUGUAUAUGAAUAUAUGGAGAAUGGUAGCUUGGAGGACCGGUUAUUCCGGAAAAAUGGCUCUGCCCCGAUUCCUUGGUAUGAGCGGUAUCGGAUUGCAUGGGAAGUAGCCGCAGCCCUUGCCUUUCUUCACAGCUCGAAGCCAACACCCAUCAUCCACCGUGAUUUAAAACCAGCAAACAUUUUGCUUGACAGUAACUUAGUGAGCAAGAUUGGUGAUAUUGGUCUUUCUACAGUUCUCAAUUCAGAUGUCUCCUCUACCAUGUACAAGGAGACAGAGCCUGUUGGGACCCUCUGCUACAUCGAUCCUGAGUAUCAAAGGACCGGGUUGAUAUCUCCAAAAUCCGAUGUGUAUGCUUUUGGAAUGGUGAUCUUACAAUUAUUGACAGCAAAACCAGCUAUAGCACUCACUCAUGCGGUAGAAACAGCAGUUGAUGAUGGUAAGCUCGCAGACAUAUUGGACCCUGAGGCAGGGAAUUGGCCACUUCAGGAGACAAUGGACUUAGCCCGAUUGGGCCUUAGCUGUACUGAACUCCGUCGCAGAGACCGACCAAAUUUAGAUCAUGUGAUUCCUGCACUAGAACGAUUGAAAGAAGUUGCUGACAGAGCCCAAAGUUCCAGUCUUGGUGUUAAAUCAAAACCUCCUGCUCAUUUUAUUUGCCCAAUACUUCAGGAUGUGAUGGAUGAUCCUUGUGUUGCUGCGGAUGGAUAUACAUAUGAUCGCAAAGCGAUCGAAACAUGGCUUCAAGAGAACGACAAAUCACCAAUGACUAAUGUGGAAAUUCCUCAUAAGAAUCUAAUCCCUAAUUACACACUUCUAUCAGCAAUCAUGGAGUGGAAGUCUGGAGGAAAAUGAUAUCAACUUCAGCCAUUGUCAAUGCUGGUUUUGACAUUAAUUUCUACUGUGCUAUAUGAUAUUGUGUAAUAAAAUUUUAUGUAGUGCGAUUUUGAUCUGGCUGUUUUGUUAGCUUAGUGAGGUCUACUCUGAAGUGUAAAUAAAUUUGUUUUGUUAGUAGAUGUACUUGGUUCUUGGUCAAAAUUUUGAGAGACAAUCUAUGUAGCACAGACUGAAAGAUAGUGUAGGUGCAUCACUUUCUAAUUUCCACUUGCUUUUAAUCUAUAAAUACAGAGAGGUAAUGUAAUUAUCUUAAAUUUUAAAUUACAUAAAUUUUUUAAUUUUUCUCUUAA